AUGGCCAAUAACGACAAUUUCGCGCAAGAUGUUACAGAAAGCCAAGUGAAUGGAAACGUAGAAAAUGGUGGAGGUGAUAACCAAGAAAAUAAUAGUGCAGAAACGUCGGGACGCGAUGACGACAGAAAACUUUUUGUGGGAGGCCUAAGCUGGGAAACAACAGACAAGGAAUUACGUGACCACUUCAGUGCAUAUGGUGAAAUUGAGAGCAUCAAUGUCAAAACAGAUCCUAACACUGGACGAUCAAGAGGAUUCGCCUUUAUUGUUUUUAAAGCAUCAGAUUCAAUAGAUAAGGUUAUGGCUGCUGGUGAUCACACAAUCAACAACAAAAAAGUUGACCCAAAGAAGGCAAAAGCGAGACAUGGGAAGAUAUUUGUUGGAGGUCUAAGCAGUGAAAUCUCAGACGAUGAAAUAAAGAACUUUUUCGGUAAUUUUGGCACAAUCAUUGAAGUCGAAAUGCCUUUUGACAAGACAAAAAACCAAAGAAAAGGAUUCUGCUUCAUCACAUUUGAGUCUGAACAGGUUGUGAAUGAACUCCUCAAGACUCCCAAGCAGACAAUAGCAGGCAAAGAGGUUGAUGUGAAAAGAGCGACGCCAAAACCGGACGGUCCUGGGGGUAUGGGGGUGCGUGGGGCUCGCGGGGGGAGGGGAGCGCGCGGCGGCCGGGGUGGGCGCGGCGGCUACGGCGGCCAAGGCACCUGGGGCAACCAGGGCUACGGGGGCUACGGUUACGGGCAAGGAGGCUACGCCGGCGGCUAUGAUGGAUAUGGAUACGGCGGCUACGGAUACGACGGCUACGGCGGAUACGGCGGUUAUGAUUACUCCGGCUACCCCAAUUACGGUAAACGCGGCAAGCAGAACUACUAG